UCCGGUCCGCAUGGAGUCCGCCCUGGAGUCCGCGGCCCUCCUCCUCGUCAGGCCUCUGACCUUCAUGGGAUCCCAGACCAAGAAAGUGCUGCUCUCGCCCCUCAUGAGCCCACCGCGCCCUUUCCGUGUCUCCAACCAUGACAGGAGCAGCCGUCGAGGGGUGACUGCAAGCAACCUGAAGGAGCUCAUUAGCAAGACCCUGGAUGCCUUAGCGAUAACUACUGGACUGAUAACUGUGGUACUGGAGGAAGAUGGCACAGUGGUGGAUACGGAAGAAUUCUUUCAGACCCUCAGAGAUAAUACACGUUUCAUGAUCUUGGAAAAAGGACAGAAAUGGACCCUGGGCACAAACUCCAUCUCAACCAUAAAACGGCAGAAGAAGGCAGGAAUAGCUAAAGUCACAUUUGAUUUGUACAAGUUGAAUCCCAAGGACUUCAUCGGGUGCUUAAAUGUGAAAGCCACUAUUUAUGAGAUGUAUUCCAUCUCCUACGACAUCAAGUGUGCCAGAGCAAAGACUCUGCUGAGGCAACUGCUUCGGUUCCUGUCCUGUGUGGCUCAAGCAACAGGACAAUUCCUUGUCUACACUGGGACUUAUGUGCUGCACGUGCUGGGUGAAAGUGAGGAUGAUCGUCUCUUCUUAACGAACAAACACUAAAGGGUGGAGGAUGUAGGCAACAGAAGUGGAUGUUUUAACAUUAGGUGAGAGGAAUCUAGUAGACCUCUGUUCCAUCCAAAUGUAUAACUUUUUUUUUAGUGGGGUGCUUAUGUUCUUUUACAUGUCAUUUCCAAGUAAUUUUGUGCACUUGUCUGGGAAUAUUUUGAGGGUUAUGCCUACAAAAGGGGUGAUGUGUAGAAGUCUCCUGUAGUGAAAGAAAAAAUACCUUUAACAUGCCACUUUUGAGCCAUGGAAACCAAAAAGAAGAUGAACCCUAUGGUGUGGCUAGGAGCAGCAUACUGAACAUAUUAGACUGGGUUGAUUCCUCACACACUGAAAUAGGCAUGAAUAAACUAGCUCAAAAAAAAUUACAUUCUUCUUGCAUUUUUGGUAAACCCUUGUGACUCGCUCUAGCCCUAGUUUUCAGAUGAAUCUGAAUUGUCAAUGGCACUGCUAGAAAACUCUGUAAAUUUGUCAAGAAGUUUAAAAAGUCUUUUAUUUUGAUGCCGUAAAAUGUUUCCAAGGAGUUCUCUUGCUUCAAAUUUUAAGGGCCAACUGCAGUCCUUUAUCUUGGUGUGAAAGAGUAGGAUGAACAUACUGAAAUUAAAAUGUCCAGCAUAUUAUACUAACUCGGUCCUCCAAGAUGUCCAACGCUGUCUUUUGUUUAUCAUGGCAAAAAGCUACGUGGCAAAUAUUAUGAUAAGUGCUAUCCUUGAUGCCCUGCCUCAGAGUUAGGUAUAGACUUGCUAACAUCCCUAAUCUUUUAUUUCGUUCAAAUAGCCUAUUAAUUGUUCUCUCAUUCAUGAGCUCACCCAAUCCAUUUUUUGAAUUUUUUUCUCUCCUGCAGCCACAGCUAAUGUUAUGUUCACCUAUAAAAAAUUGACUUUAAAAACCCAAUCUCAGUUCAUGAGACCAAAACCAUAACCACUGCUAAGGAAGUCUGCAAAAUAAAGAUUUCCAAAGAUGGUCAGCUUUUUUUCACUUUCUUCUUUUAAUGACUCAUCUCCACACUUGUUCUUAAAGUGAGGUUGGGUUAAAAACCUAUCUGAUGAUUCUUUCCUAUUCAGCAUGGUUGGAGAGAGCCAGUUUAAUGUUCAGUGAAGGUUAUCAAGCCUAUAGGAUAGGAUAUCAAGCUGGAGAAGCAGUGUGGCCCAGUGGAAAGAGCAUGGGCUUUGG